UACUAAUAUCUUAUCUACGGAACUCAAAGUAUAAAACAUCUGGACGAUAGGUUAGUAGUGAACGAUAUUUCAAGGAGGAGGGAAGUUUGUUCUUUCGACCAAAGAGAAGAAGCCGUUGCCAUGGUUACUAUGAAGCUUCCAUUAGCAGUACUACUGCUCUGCAUGUCCAGUACUUGGGCAUAUAAGAUACUAUUCGUCUUUCCUGCUGCAACGAGAUCUAAUGAUGUUUUGGGAAAAGGCGUGGUUUGGGCGCUUUUGAAAGCAGGCCACGAGGUGACAUGGGCAGCUACUUACAAGCAGGAGGCUCACCCCAACCUGACGAUAAUAGAUCUGCCAGAGGCAAAGAAGAUUGUUGACACUUUCGAUCCAAUAACAAUGGCGGACAAUAACAACAUAAGUAUGUCCUUCAUGAAGGACCAUACUCUACGUAUUUGUACGGCAACCGCUCAAAAUGCUGAACUACGGAAAGUGCUCAUCGAGAAACAGUUCGACGCUGUCAUGACCACAUUUUAUCUGAACGAAUAUGAUGCUGGAUACGCGGCCAUCCAGCAAGUCCCCUGGAUCCUCUUCAGCACGGUGAACUACCAUCCGAUGCUAGAGCUGAUGGUAGAUGAAGUUCGGUCUAUACCGACCACGCCUAUUGUACUAAUGGAGUGUGAGACCCCCAUGAGUCUGCCGAGAAGAUGGCUUAAUGGCCUUAUGUAUAUGUUUUUAACUGCUUAUAACUGGUAUGACCAACCAAAUCAAGUAGCUCAAUACGAGUCCAUGUUCUCUGACCUAGCUGCUAAGCGAGGAGUUCCCCUGCCUCCCUUCGAGGAAGCCAGGCAUAACGUGUCCAUACUCCUGGUGAACUCCCACGAGUCCUUGCAGAAUGGGUAUAGCUCGCCUCCCAACGUGGUGAACAUCGCUGGUUAUCAUAUUAGUGAGCAUCUGGCUCCGUUGCCUAAGGACUUGCAAGAACUCAUGGACAAGUCCAAAAAUGGUGUGAUCUUCUUCAGCAUGGGGUCUAUCCUGCGCGCAGCGGGGCUGGACCCUAAGAAACGCGAUGCACUGGUGAAGAUGUUUGGGAAGCUGCCUUAUACAGUAAUUUGGAAGUAUGAGGAGCCUCUGGACAACCUGCCUCCUAAUGUCCACAUCAGGCCUUGGUUACCACAACCUACCGUCCUUGCUCACAAGAACACAGUAGCCUUCAUCACCCACGGAGGUCAGUCGAGCACAGUAGAAGCUAUCCACGCGGGUAUGCCCGUGGUAGUAGUGCCGGUUGGUGGGGACCAGCACGCGAACGCCGAGAGAGCUGUCCGAAUGGGUGUCGCUUUACAAGUAGACUAUUACAAGGACACGUUGGCUGAUGAUCUUGAAGUGGCUGUGAAGGAGUUACUGGGGAAUGACAAGUACCGUGAAAAAGCGAAGUUUUUGUCUAAACUAUUCCGCACUCGACCCGUGCCGCCGGCGAAGCUUAUUCCUUUCUACGUAGAACUCGCUAUUGAAACUAAGGGAGCUUACCACUUACGCUCACUGUCACUCAAGUACAGUUGGUAUGAGCGCUGGAUGCUCGACUUCGUGCUCGCAGUGCUCGGCGUGCUCGCGGCGCUCGCGUGGCUCGUCAAGCUCGCCGUCACAGCGUGCGUCAGAAGAUUUAGUGGCAAGAAGCAGAGCGCGAAUAAGAAAAAGAAGCAAUGAACAUUGUAUUGUUUUAUUUUUGUAAAUUUGUUUACUACCUCACAUUUCGACGGCUGCGUUGAAAGAAUGUUGUGGAUUCGUUGCCGUUGAAAUAGAUGUGAAGUCAAUGUGUGUGAUCAAGAUUUUUUUAUAGUUUCCACGACAGCUGAACAUUUUAAUAUUUGUGUUAUUCAGUCGGCUGAUAGUUUGAUAA